AUGUUGUCCCUGGUGAUCCCCUCGUCUUCGCCCCUAGACCAAGAUCCAUCGCGAUGCAUCCAGCCUCGAGACAAACUGUACUCGCUGCAAAACUUGGUCAAAGAUAUCAAGUCAUGCCUUGGAAAUGACUCUGGUAUUGGCUCAUCUGCCAUCGACGAAGACUAUUUAAAGUCGCUCCUUCGAAAAUACGCGUCCAACCCCAAUGACUGGUUUCGAUAUUUCUACAAUGAUUACUCCAAGAACUACACCCGCAAUACGAUUGAGAAUAUCAACCAGAAAGCAAAUAUCCUUCUUCUCGUGUGGAACCCAGGCAAGGGCUCACCGAUCCACGACCAUGCCAACGCUCACUGCAUCAUGAAAGUCCUAGCUGGCGAGUUGGUCGAGACGGUCUAUGAAAACCCAGACCAAGAGGCCCCCAAAACUAGCCCUCUGGUGGUUAAAUCAGAAAACAGACAUCAAACCAACGAUGUGACUUAUAUCUCCGACGACAUUGGCUUGCAUCGGGUUCAUAACCCAAGCACCGACCAAAUUGCAGUAUCUUUGCACUUAUACACACCUCCCAACGCAGCUGACUAUGGAUACCACAUUUUCGACGCAACUACGGGCAAGGCUAGUUUUGUGCCGCAAGCUCGGUCUUUUCUGACGUCUGGUGCGCAGAACGAGCAAUGA